AUGCAUCCAGAGGAUCUGCCAGCCCCACUUCCAUUCAACAUGAUACCCCACAGCUAUGUUUCCAAACUGAACAAGUUGAACUUCGACCUGAAAUUGGAGAUCUAUCAUCGAUCCCAGCAGCUCAUUUCGCUGGAGAAGAAGCUAGAACGGAUGGUGACAUUAGAAGAGGAGGUUCAGAGGCUCCAAGGGGUAGAAGCGGAAGUGCAAGAAUUACGCAAAGUAGAAGAGAGCAAUCAGAGGCUUCGGGAUUCAAACGAGCACCUUCGACUGGAGCUGGAUAAGCGAGACCAGGCGGUCAAUGAGGCCGUGGAAUUGAUUUGUCAGCUCGAAGCGAAGAUAGACGCGCUGGAGACUACUACUCAUGAUGAUGAUGAUGAUGGUGACGAUGAUGGGAGGCCAAUGACUGCUCGUCCGCAUACCAGUGAGGGACUCGUAGCUUCUCCCAGUAUGACCCCAAAAGGCGCGCCCAUUUUUGAUAUACCAGAUCGUACCUCAUCGUGGAAAGGGACCAGCUCCGCGCGUCCAUUGCGAUCCCGUAUGGAGGCAGGGGGUACUUCAGCACGGAUGGCCCGGCGGCACCCGUCGUUCCUUCAGGAAAGCAGUGGGAGCACCAGCGCUCUUCGUAGCCUUUAUCUUACUGCAGACGAAGAACCUGCGUUGCAAAAUGGAUUCAACACAGAUUCUCAAACUGGGAGUUUUCUUUCAGGAGACGAACCGUCAGAGCCAGAAUCGCCCAGACUCAGCAUCCUCAGUGAAUGCAGUUAUCUGAGACCGUUAGCUACCCCGUCAAAACAGGUUGAAAUCGAGUCCGCAGGCAAUGGCGCGCUCCCGAGAAGCUUCUCGCAACCCAUUUCCAAAUUGGAUCUGAAGCAGGAGGAAGAAAAAGAUGUUAAAAUGUCGCAGAUCGAUCAGUGGAUUCAGCCUCAAGAUGGCCUGCUUGUUCCGGCUGGGCAAAAGCGACAUAAUAACUACUUUCAAGCGGAGACAUCGGAGACCAGAUUAAAGAAAAGGCAACCUUCUCUUGGGACAGCAUUCCAAGCGCACCGCCCUGCUAAACCAUACAAAUUCACCACAUCAAAAUUGGACGGACAGUUAUUUAAUGGAGGGCGGUUACCGCCUACACCAGAUACCAUGAGUACGUCCAAUGCAGACGCAAUGAACCGGUCGAAUUCGAGUAUCAUCGCGGAGAAGAGCCUUUUGGACCGGGGCCGUUCUUUCGCCAACUUUUCCGGGGGGAAUAUAUCUCUACGACGGCCCAGGUCUGCGGAUGACAUUACAACACGGCCAAGUACCGCGAAUACAGCUCUAUCUGGAACAAUGGAGACGUUGACCAAUGCCACGCAGCUUGGAAUUAACCCAGGUCGGGACCAUCUUGGGAGUGUGUUUCCAGCUUUUGGUGGCCAUGUUCCUGGUAGGUUGGAGCCGGCAGAGCUUUUCCUUAACGGAGAUCUAUCUAGGCAAGAUAGUCAGGAAUAUGCUGGCCAAAGUACAACCACCAAUAUUAAUACUACUACCCCAGAGGAUAGUAGUGGAGGUAAUACCCCAUCGGCACGGCGGAAGAGAUACUCUCCGUCCCUGACAUCCACACAUUCGGAACCACAAUGUGAGGCCUCAAGUUCAAGUUCACCACCUCUUACUCCCCAGGACUGGUUAGAAGCAGCAUUACCAGCCGAUAGCGGCAAGCAUCGCAAGCCUUUGAAAGUUUCCCGUCAGCACCCUCAUCAACAUAGGAGAUCCCAUUCCACAAAUACCAAAGAGUCCUCUUUGCUCUCAACUGGUGACCCCGCCACACCGACGUCCACAACAGAAACAACGCCAUCAGGCAAAGAAAAAGCAGUAUCCAAGCCCGACGAGCUAUACCUGCCGUCCCCCACAAAUCUCCGCAGUCGCAUCACAGGCAGCAAAAAGAACCAGCUACAAACAGAAAACGCAGAUCUGCCCCGUCGCCGUCUCAGCCUCCGACCACGCUUCUUCAGCCGCGCCGUGACCGCUGCGGCCGCUGCCUCCCAUCGCCAAACCAACCCUGACUCUGUAGAUGACCUGGAUGGUGCGCCAUCGCCCAAGAUUGGCAGGAGCAGACGAAUGAGCUCCAGUCGCCGCAAGAGUUUACAUAUCGAACUACCGUUACCGUCUAGAGUUAGGGCUGAUUUGGGGUUAGGAGGUAACGGUGGCAGUAGUGGAAGUGGUGGUGGUGAAGGUAGCAGUCAUAGCAACAACAACGCGCAAAAUGGGGGCACGGAUAUCUGGACAUCACCGGCUUCGAUGAUGUCAACACCACGAAAUGGGGCCACAGACAAUCGCCCGUAUACAUCGGGGAACCCAGAGACGGCGAGCAAGCGACGUCCUAGCUCUUUCGGUAUCUUUGGUUGGAUGCGUGGCACGACGAGCUCUGGUACCACACCAACACAGACACAGGGUAAAGAAAACAAUAACCGCAACAGCCGCAGCUUUACACCAGCGAGAGAUACGCCUACACCCACCGCCUCAAGAACAACCGUAAGCGCUACGGCGUCCCCCACGACCACGAUGACAUAUUCAGCCCAAUCCCGUCCCAAAUCCCAAUCCCGCAAAGCAAGUGACAGACCAGCAACAGCCUACACUCCUAUCACCGUAAAUGAUCGUCAGGCCAAUACCAAUACCAAUAACAAAAAAAUUAAUAAUAUACAUAUGAAUACCAAUACACCGCUAAAUACGGCCAUUGCAUCAUCUGCGCCUACUACACCUGCAGAUGACUGUGGGCUAGAGAAGCGAGGAUCGAGAUUUUCUCACAGGCGAGCGUCAUGGAAGCCCGUUGUGUGA